AGUCGCUUUGUUUGUUGAUGGAUGUGUGUGCUUUAGGAAGGUGUUGACUCUUGCUGACUUUUUAAAUAAACCUCUGUUCUGUGACUUUGCAGAUCUGGGACGUUGCUCCGUUUUCCGCGUCACGAUGAGGGAGUGCAUCUCUGUACACAUUGGCCAGGCUGGUGUCCAGAUGGGUAAUUCCUGCUGGGAGUUGUAUUGUCUGGAGCAUGGCAUCCAGCCUGAUGGGAUGAUCACUUCUGGCAGCACUGCCCUGGCUGACUCCUCCUUCGGCACUUUCUUCAGUGAAACUGGAGCGGGAAAGUAUGUUCCACGUGCUGUUUUCAUAGACCUGGAGCCAACGGUUGUAGAUGAGAUCCGCAAUGGGGGUUAUAAGCAACUUUACCAUCCAGAACAGCUCAUCAGUGGCAAAGAGGAUGCUGCCAACAACUAUGCUCGUGGCCACUACACCAUUGGCAAAGAGAUUGUGGACUCUGUGCUUGACCGAAUGCGCAAAAUGGCUGAUCAAUGUACGGGUCUCCAGGGGUUCCUCAUUUUCCAUAGUUUUGGCGGUGGAACUGGGUCUGGUUUCACCUCCUUGUUGAUGGAGCGUCUUUCUGUGGAUUAUGGUAAAAAGUCAAAGCUGGAGUUCUCAGUCUACCCUGCUCCCCAGGUUUCCACUGCAGUGGUAGAGCCCUACAACUCUAUCUUGACCACUCACACCACACUUGAGCACUCUGACUGCUCCUUCAUGGUUGACAAUGAGGCCAUCUUUGACAUCUGCAAGCGCAAUCUUGAUAUUGAGCGUCCUUCAUACAACAACCUCAACAGACUCAUUGCCCAGAUUGUGUCCUCGAUCACCGCUUCUCUACGCUUUGAUGGAGCUCUUAAUGUGGAUCUCACGGAGUUCCAGACCAACCUAGUACCAUAUCCUCGUAUCCAUUUCCCUCUGGUCACCUACUCUCCCAUUAUCUCUGCUGAAAAAGCCUACCAUGAGCAGCUGUCUGUAGCAGAGAUAACCAAUGCCUGUUUUGAGCCAGCCAAUCAGAUGGUGAAAUGUGACCCUCGCCGUGGUAAAUACAUGGCUUGUUGCCUGCUAUACCGUGGGGAUGUGGUGCCUAAAGAUGUCAAUGCUGCCAUUGCCAGCAUCAAGACCCGUCGCUCCAUCCAAUUUGUGGACUGGUGUCCUACAGGCUUCAAGGUGGGCAUCAACUACCAGCCACCCACUGUAGUUCCUGGUGGCGAUCUAGCCAAGGUCCAGAGGGCUGUGUGUAUGCUGAGCAACACCACAGCCAUUGCUGAAGCCUGGAGCCGUUUGGAUCACAAGUUUGACUUGAUGUAUGCCAAGCGGGCCUUUGUGCAUUGGUAUGUGGGUGAGGGAAUGGAAGAAGGAGAGUUCUCAGAGGCCAGAGAGGACAUGGCUGCGUUGGAGAAGGAUUAUGAGGAGGUUGGAGCAGAUUCUGCUGAGGAUGCUGAAGAUGAGGAAGAUGAGUACUAGAAUGUUUCCCACCUUGCACUGGAAGGCUUCUGUACAAUGGCUUCUUGUGUGAAAUAAAUCCUGCAGUAUGUAAAAUUG